AUGCACGCACACUGGCUAAUACUGUAUGGGCUCCUUCAAGCUGGACUGUCCCAUGGCGCAUACAUAUGGCCCUCAGAACAUGAUUUCCUCGAGGACAUCCUGUAUUUGCAGUCAGGCUACAUCCACUUUGGUUUCAUUGAUGGGGUGAGUCCAUGUUCCUUUGGAACAAAUAUUGAGGGACGCCAAAAUGCAGCAGAAUGGAUACGCACAGCGUAUCACGACAUGUCUACCCACGAUGCGGCGGCUGGAACUGGCGGACUUGAUGCAUCGAUCUUGUUUGAGCUGGAUAGGGAAGAGAACCCAGGAUCGGCCUUUAACAACACUUUCGGCUUUUUGUCCAACUUCUACACUAGUCGAUCCGGUGCUGCAGAUCUCCUGGCAAUGUCAGUUGUGAUAGCCACUGGGUCGUGCGGAGGGCUUGCGAUACCGUUCCGAGCUGGCAGGAUUGAUGCAGCUGAAGCUGGACCCGUCGGCGUCCCUGAACCACAGCAAGAUCUUACUACGCAUAUUAAUAGAUUUGCGACAGCCGGGUUCAACAUUAGUGACAUGAUCACGAUGGUGGCAUGUGGGCAUACCUUGGGAGGAAUUCACGGGGAAGAUUUUCCUGAAGUUACCGGAAACGGUACUAUUGGACAAGUUUCUCACUUCGAGGGCAGCAUCGGGACGUCUUUCGCAAAGUUUGACAACGCGGUGGUCACUCAAUAUCUAGACGACUCUACUGAGAAUCCGUUGGUUGUGGGGACGAAUGAAACCAUGAACUCUGACAAGCGCGUGUUUGGGGCCGAUGCAAACCAAACCAUGAAUGUGCUGGUGGACGAAACAGUCUUCCAGACAAAGUGUGAGAACAUUCUAGAGAGAAUGAUCAACACUGUACCAGCGACAGUGACACUCAGCGACCCGCUCGACCCAAUCGAUAUCAAACCAUACAUUACCCUUAUGGCUCUAAAUAGCAACGGAACGAUCGACUUCCAAGGAAGGGUUCGCCUGAGGGUUACAUCAAGCACCGGCCGCGACUACAACGACAUCGGUAUGAACCUCACUUACACCGACAGAUAUGGCGUCUACUCAUCAAAUGUGAUUACGACAUCUCAAGGAAGAUACCAAGGAGGGUUAUCAUCUGGGCUUUUCGGCGAACUGUUUGCGUGGUUUGAAUUCAGUACAGUCCUUGACCCAAAAUAUGGGAUCAGUGCAUUCAAUGUUCACUUGAUAACCCUAUCUACAGGGCUGUCAACGACGUACGCAAAUGGGGGUCGGGGAUUCCCUGCGCGAGAUGAUAUUCUGUACCAGCAGCCACAGUCAUGUGUGGACAUAUCAGCUGUUGACGGAUCCUCGACUUUAACUAUCUCUGCAGCUGUCAGAACGGAAGAAGCAAACGAAACGGUUGCCUUGGAUCUUGUACAAUCAACACGGAGACAGGGCAUUAUAUUGGAUGCCUUGAACGUUGAGACAACAUCGCUCCAGAAGACUACGCAGGUUGUGGGGGAUUACUCGAUUUUCAGUCUUCAGAUACCAAUGAACAACAUAGGCACGACUUUUGAUCUUGUGCUCCGUACGACAUAUGAAGUCAGGAUAAGGAGUCAAAACACAAGAUUGUUGAUUGGCACGACCUGUCAGGCUUUAUGA